UGAUCUGUUGUUGCUCAACCUUUACCGUCACCAUCCCUCCUAGCACAUUUUCGCUUUGAGACGUGCCUUACUUUUUAGUCGUCAAAAUGGAUUGAACGAACUGUGUCUGUAGGUCCUCACAUGGCAGGGUCGUGGAAUCUUAUUUUUUUUCGCCGUUGCAUAAGAGGAGUACAUAACUGGUCUGGGCGUCAAAAUACCAGAGAGAAAAGAGUGCAGGGGAGCAGUGACCAUGGGGACUGUAUCUCACUCUCUCCCCAUCACAGCCGGCCAGCUGCCAUUGUUGAUUCUGACUCUGUUUACAUCGUGGACGGUCAUGUCUUCAGCAGAAACAAAGCAGACAAGAUGGCCAUUAUAUUCCCAGAAACCAGUUCUUCUUGUCUGGAAUGCCCCAACACAGGAAUGUAGGACACGAUAUGGCGUUUCUUUAUCUUUGGACCAGUUUGACAUAGUGGCAACCCCCAAUGAGGGCUUUGUCCGGCAAAAUCUCACAAUGUUCUAUAAGGAGCGCCUGGGGUUGUAUCCCUAUUAUGAGCAUGGGGGCACUGCAGUGAAUGGAGGCCUUCCACAGCUUGCCAGCCUCACUCAGCAUUAUGAAAAGAUGCCUGAUGGGCUGAAGAAAUACAUACAAGAACCCCUGGCAAAAGGUUUGUCUGUGAUUGACUGGGAGGAGUGGCGCCCGUUAUGGAUUCGUAAUUGGGAUGCCAAAUAUAUCUAUCGGAAUAAAUCACAAGAAUUGGUGGCUCAGAAAAACCCACAUUGGACAGCAGACAAAGUGUAUAAAGUUGCGCAGCAAGAAUUUGAGCUGUCAGCUCAAAAAUUCAUGCUGGAGACUCUUAAACUUGCAAAGAGUCUCAGGCCCAAUCAACUGUGGGGGUUUUACUUGUUUCCCGAUUGUUACAACCAUGACUACAAGGACGGCCUUAAAAACUACGCUGGCCGCUGUCCCCCGAUUGAGAUGCAACGCAAUGAUCAACUUAACUGGUUAUGGAUGGAGUGCACUGCUUUUUUCCCGUCAAUAUACAUGGGUUCUGUUCUAAGCUCUACAGUUUAUGGGCGCCUGUUUGUCCGUAAUAGGGUGAAAGAGGCCAUGCGCCUGGCCUCUGUUGGAGAUGGACUGGCCCGUCCUGUUUUUGUUUACACCCGACCUACUUACAACAGCCAGAUGACCCUCCUAACUGAGACAGAUCUGGUUUCCACCAUUGGUGAGAGUGUCGCAUUAGGAGCUGCAGGCGUAAUCUUCUGGGGGGACACCUCCUAUGCAAAAAAUACCAGCUGCUUCACCCUGAAUAAUUAUCUUACGGGAGCACUGGGUCGAUACCUCCUCAAUGUGUCCACAGCUGCGGAGCUGUGCAGCCAGGAGCUGUGUAAAUCCCAUGGCCGCUGUCUUCGCAGAGAACCUGACAGUGAUGUGUAUCUUCAUCUCAGCCCAACCACACACAGGAUAAUCAGUCAGAGCAGCAAGUUGAAGGUUACAGGAGCGCCUGGCCAGGCCGAGCUGGCUGUUUUCCGAAUGCAUUUCCAGUGCCAGUGCUACAGUGGGUACCGAGGUGACGCGUGUGAGCAGAAAGAAAAAGGGAAGAAUAAAGCCCCCUCUGUUUUAGGGGCCUGGCCUCUCUGCUUUUUACUGCCACUCAGCCUCCUCUUUCUACUCCAUUGAGGAAACUGAGGAGCCCAAACUUUUAACGCCCUCUGCCAGCCCUGAAAGGGAAAGUUCAGACAUUUGGACAUAAAGGUGUUAAGUUUAUGUGCCAUAGUGAUAGUUAUGGAUUUUCCGCAGCUGAUAGCCAGAGCACACAUUUGUCUUAUUUACCAUUGUGACAGAAGGGGCUUUGGUUAUUUUCAUCCAAUGGUGUAAUGGAGCCAGUUAACUAGGAAAGGUCUCUGCCAUCAUACAAGAAGAAUAAAUAUCAAACCCCACUCUGUUCACAGUCUAAACAGUUAAAAGAAGACAUGCAUUUUGUAUUUAUUUUUAUGGCAUACAUAACUAUAGAACAUUUGAGCCUUAAUGAAAAAGUAAACAAGAAAUAAACAUUCAGAUCCAGUAGGUUAUCUAAUGUAUAAGCUGACACUGACUCUGAAUUGUGAUGGAGCAUUUAGAAAGAAAUACAAAGUGUAUCAUGCCAGGUGUUUAGAUGUCAUGCAGUAUUACAUCUCUUUAUUUCUUUGCUCAGAGAAGCAGUGUGGCUGGACCUGUCUGUUUCAGUUCAAAUAUGUGCCUUACAUGGCUUCAAAGUGCUCUUUUUUAUAGCAGCAUUUCAUUUUUACAAAGUGUGUUUACUGUGAAAAGAAAUCAUGCCAAAACAUUCUGUUUUUAGGCAUUUAGGAACUAUUAUGUAUGUGCGGUUUUGUUAAAUUUCCUUAAACUUUUUUUUUUCCUUUUUUAAAGUAUUGAAAAGUCUAGCACAGAAAUGCCAAAGGUAUAUUUAUCAGUCAUGACACAUUAUUCCUUUCUUGGCCUCUUUUAUAAACCAAAUGGAAAAACGUUAUUUGUAUAUGUUGGGUUUAUGUUAAAAACACAAACAGAAGGAAUCCUGUCAUUGAUGCUUAUGUCAGGCCAAUGACACUGUGCGGGUAGUAACUGCUGUACGUACCUGUCCUGAUUAGUUUAUUAUCACUUUAUUUGCUUUUUUAAAGCUACCUGAGAAUUUUCAUAUUUAAACUGUAACAUGUAUAUUUAGCAACUAGUUUGUUUUAGCAAUGUGCAAGCGAUAGGUUUUUACUGUCAUUAACAGCAAAAGUAGAGGAAGUAGGAUGUGAAAUAUGUUGCCUUUGUUAAGUCCUGCACUUUAAUUACUUUCACUUGCAGUGGAUUUGGCUUUACUCAUGUUGCAGCUUGUGAGAGGAGAGGUUUAUUUCUGGUCUAUAAGCAUUAUGGCUGUGCAUCAAAUCAUAAUGCUGACCCCCCCUUAUGUUUUAGUUCAGAGUUGUGUUCCACUGUGAAUCUUUUUAAAGAAAAACUUGGUGUAUUCUACAGUUGUUAUGCCUUACCCGUUUCCCGCUUUUUAUCAAGUGUCAGUAACACAGAGAAAAGGUUAGUUAAGUCAAUUAUUUGGAUUAAAACCCAGACUAAAACCUGUGUGGGUGGGGGUGAGUUAUUGUUGAUGCCUCAACUGUCUUUUAAAAACAAUUGUUACCAUCUUUUGUGAGCUUCUGCUUUAGAAGAAGCUUUGCUUCAGAGCUGAUACAGCUUACAUAAUAAUGGGAUUUUUUUUUUUUUUGUUGCCAAAA